CAUAAAAUACGGAAGAAGAAAAAGAAGAACAUUUGCGACGUCACUGAUUCUGACCAAUAAAAAAACAAAAACAAGGUCUGGGUCGGUUCGCUGCGCCCCCUUUGCUCUUCAACAUGGCAGUGUCUCGAUUACCACCAGCUGCGUUGAGUCUCAAACAGUUUUUGCAGAGACAGAAGGUUCUGGGUAUCUACAGAGAUCUUCUCCGAACCAUCCGCAAAAUACCACUCGAGUCUGAUCGCAGAUAUCUGAGAGACUGGGCCAGAGAAGAGUUCAAGAGGAACAAGAGCGAAACAGACCAGGAUGUCAUUCGCAUGAUGAUCACUCAAGCAAACAAUCAUCUGGAGGACUUGAGAAAAUCUCUCUCGUUGGCUGGAUGCUAGAAGAUCAGCAGCACUACUGCAUGUUACCACAGACUUCCAAUUCUGAGUUUAACUUGAAAUGAAACUGAAAUGUUCACCAUUUAUUAAAGGGAUAGUUCACCAAAAAA